AUGAAUAUUGCACGAACAAAGAAGGCAUACAAAACAAUCUGCAUUCUAGUUGCAUUUGUGGGAGCUACACUUCUUAGCACAUCCAGUGGAGUCAAUCCAGGCUUGGGGAACAUUCAAAGCCCCGAUCCAGUUGGGUAUGAGGCUUGUACAUAUCAAAGGUGUUAUGAGGAUAUUGACAAUGAAUUUUCACUUCUCGAAGACAUUACAUCUCUUCCUAAUGUGAUAGAAGAGCUGAAGCAUCUAUGUUGUCUAGAUCUCCAUGGACAAGGGCUAAGGUCAUUACCAGCCUUGAUAGGAGAAUUGAAAAAUCUAUAA